AUGGAGCAGGAUAUCGAUCUCGCUACAUCCCCGAAGCAAAACAUUCCUAUUACCAUCGACGUACACGGUCUCAAGGCGAAAGUGCUCUUGAAUCGUCCCCAAGAAGAUAUUGUUCCCGCUCGAUACCUUCGCAAGGCGGAUCAGUCUUCUGUCGUCCAACGUACCUUCUGGGUCUUCCGAGGCGUGGAAGAUGCUCGCCACGUCAACUUGAGCAAAUGGUCCAAGAUCGAUAUUCGUUUCCGAGGGGUAUAUAAGACGCUUAAGAAGGCACCCCAGUUCAGGAAGGGUCUGUAUGAGAACGAUGGUGGUCGUUGUGAGAGUAGUAAUCGCAGGUUCAACUUCAAUGACGUGGCGAAGAUACAGGGUCAGGUGGUUUAUGCUCUUCUGGACGAGGUCAUGAAUAUGUUAAAUAUCUCGCGGGAUAUGGAGGAUAACCUUUCCUACUUUUUUCUUCGACACAAUCCAUCAUCAUCCGAUUCCGAACUGAAUAAGCUCAUCGCCAAGAACCCCAACGAACGUUUCUAUACGAAGCAGAACAUAGAGCGUUUCACACAGCAGGUAGAAUGGGAUAAACUGUCCACAGCGGAUGGGGAGCGUGAUUUCCGUGUAUUUCGCAUCCUAGGGAGCCAGGAGUACGAUUUAUGGAUCAAGAGCGAAUUCCGCGCCGCGAUGAGACUAAUCGUCGGGUUGAUCAUGUACAUGAUGAGUGGUCGUGCUCGCUGCGGUGUCCUGCAGCAUAUCUUUGAGCAAUACCCCUACGACGAAGGCGACGAGCCCAGCUCGGAAGAUGAAAAGGGCCAGGAGAAAGCGGCCAAGGAGGAAAAGGAUGUUGCUGAACAGGAGAGACAGCUGGAGCAGGUGGAGAAGCAGAAAAUCGAGGAAGAUCGGGAGCGGUUCUGGGCACGAGAGGCAAUGCGUUCGUCGGUUAACGAUCGGAUUGGAGGCUUUAAAGAUUUUCGCCAGCCAUGGUGGGAAUGGGUCUGGGAAGAUAAGAAUGACGAUGGGCAAGACGUUGACGAUGUCGAUGACGAUGUCGAUGACGAUGACGAUGACGAUGUGGUUCUUAAUGGCCCUUAA